AAGAACAGCGCUGAAGGCCCAAGGAGAAGAAGACCAAUGUAAACAUGGAGCUGGAGAAGAACAUGGUUGUGUCCGAGUUCCUGAGCAAAGGAAGCGUGUUAAAACAAGGAGCGGAGGCCCGUGUUUACCGAGACGUGUUCCUGGGGAGAUCAACCAUUAUUAAAGAAAGGUUCCCGAAGAAGUACCGCCACCCUCUGUUGGACGAGAAGCUCACCCACCGCAGGACCGUGCAGGAGGUGCGGUCCAUACAGCGAUGCAGAAGAGCUGGCAUCCCCACCCCUGUGGUGUACUUUGUGGACUACACCUCCCACUGCAUCUUCCUGGAGGACAUUGUGGAUUCGGUGACAGUGCGUGACCACAUCGCGGCGACUCGGCAGCGGUCCCAUCCCAGUCCCACCCUGGAGCCCCUGGAGCCGCUGGCCGCCAGGGUGGGCCGGGUCCUGGCCCGGAUGCACGACGAGGAUGUGGUGCACGGGGACCUCACCACCUCCAACAUGCUGCUGAGGAGGAGCGGCAACGGGGAGGCAGAGCUCAGCCUGGUGCUCAUAGACUUUGGCCUGAGUUACAUCUCCGCACUGCCCGAGGACAAGGGCGUGGACCUGUACGUCCUGGAGAAGGCCUUUCUCAGCACCCACCCCAACACGGAGCCGCUGUUCCAGAAGCUGCUGGAGAGCUAUGCCGCCUCUUCCAAGAAGUCCUCGGCCGUCAUCAAGAAACUGGAUGAGGUGCGGCUGAGAGGGAGGAAGAGGUCCAUGGUGGGCUGAGAGGGAGGAAGAGGUCCAUGGUGGGCUGAGAGGGAGGAAGAGGUCCAUGGUGGGCUGAGAGGGAGGAAGAGGUCCAUGGUGGGCUGAGAGGGAGGAAGAGGUCCAUGGUGGGCUGAGAGGGAGGAAGAGGUCCAUGGUGGGCUGAGAGGGAGGAAGAGGUCCAUGGUGGGCUGAGAGGGAGGAAGAGGUCCAUGGUGGGCUGAGAGGGAGGAAGAGGUCCAUGGUGGGCUGAGAGGGAGGAAGAGGUCCAUGGUGGGCUGAGAGGGAGGAAGAGGUCCAUGGUGGGCUGAGAGGGAGGAAGAGGUCCAUGGUGGGCUAAGAGGGAGGAAGAGGUCCAUGGUGGGCUGAGAGGGAGGAAGAGGUCCAUGGUGGGCUGAGAGGGAGGAAGAGGUCCAUGGUGGGCUGAGAGGGAGGAAGAGGUCCAUGGUGGGCUGAGAGGGAGGAAGAGGUCCAUGGUGGGCUGAGAGGGAGGAAGAGGUCCAUGGUGGGCUGAGGGAGAGGGCCGCGGUGGGCUGAGGUCUUCCCCGGAGGCUGUCAAUGGAUAGAGAAGAUCCUCAAAACCCAACAAGCAAAUAUGAAUACAAACACAGAAAGAGACAUCAGACCAAUCCUUCAGCCUUUCUACAGGAUUAAUUGGUGUUUACUGUAAACAAUUCAUGAGCUGCAGCUGUUACCAUUCAAUAAAGCAUUCAAAAAUGUCU